AUGGUUAGACCUCCCGGUUUCCAAGGACCAAGGUCUUUCAACAGCCCCCAAAAGUCUAGCUUAGAAAAUUUGCUGGAAAAUUUUGUGUUUACUAAAACCAAACAAAAUGAGGAGUUUAAAAAUCAAAACAAGUCAAUUAAUGAAGCACUUAGGCAGUUAGCAUCUAAGCUAGAUUCCAUGGCUACACAUAAUAAAAUGUUGGAAACGCAAAUCACCCAAGUUUCUCAACAAGUUGUUUCAUCCUCUAUAUAUCUCGGUGUAUUAUUGGGGUAUCCUGAACCUAACCCCAAGGGACAAUUAAAUGAUGUCACCUUAAGAAAUGGAAAACAAUUAGAGGAACCCAAGGGUAGUGAUGUGGAAGUGAAUGUUAGGGAUAAGAGUGAAAGAACCCAACUAUCAAGUGAAAGGGUAGAUGAGAAAAAAGAAAAAUCUUAUGUGCCUCCAACACCAAACAAACCACCCAAACCAUUUCCCCAACGAUUCGCCAAGGUUAAAAUUGAGGAGCAAAUUAAGAAUGCCAUAAUUCCAAAUAAGUUGCUUCCCAAAAUUAAAGACUCUGAAAGUUUUUCUAUUCCUUGUGUUAUUGCUCAUAUGAGUUUUGAACAUGCUUUGAGUGAUCUUGGGGUUAAUGUAAGCCUCAUGCCAUUGUCAAUUUGUAAAAAGCUUCAUGUGGGUGAGUUAAAGCCCACAAACAUUUCCUUACAACUAGUUGAUCAAUCUAUCAAGUAUCCGGUUGGAAUAUUAGAGGACGUUCCUAUCAAAGUAGGACAAUUGUUUAUACUGGCUAACUUUGUGGUGUUGGAAAUGGAAGAGGACUCCCAAGUCCCAAUUCUUCUUGGGAGGCCUUUUCUAGCCACAAUAGGAGUUGUUAUUGAUGUGAAACAUGAGAAGCUUGUCUUCAAUGUGGGUGAUGAAAAGAUUGAAUUUAAUUUUUCUAAUCUUUUAAAAAGUCCUUCACUUGAAGAUUCUUGUUGCAGGAUCGAUUUAAUUGAUCAUUGUGUUAAGGAGUGUCCUUUAGGACCACUCUCGCAAGAUAGGCUGGAAGCAUGCUUUAUUGGAAACACAAGUCAUGAAGACUUGGCAAAGGAAGCUGAUGCAUAUGCUAACUUGUUUGAUGAAAAUCAUUAUCUUCCAAACUUAAAUUUUGAGGGAUUAGCAACAGAAAAUUUAGCACCUCUCCCAAAAGAGGCUCCGCAGGUAGAACUUAAGCCUUUGCCCUCAAAUCUCAGGUAUGAAUUACUUGGAAAAAAUUCUACAUUUUCUGUCAUUGUAAGUGAUGAAUUAAAUGAUGAAGAAACUGAAAAAUUGCUUGGAGUCCUCUAG